AUGGGCAGAAGGAACAAAAAAAAAAACUUAACUGGUCAAUCAUUUGUACUGGAAAAAAGGAAGCACGAAAAUAUAGAAAUAGAAAACUCGCAAGCAAAAAGGACCAAAACUCACGAGACUAGAUCAAAAAAGGCUGAAACAACCUUAACGGCAGAAACAAAUGAAAAUUCAGAACGUACACAAACACAAGACGCAGACUCUAGUACCCCAAAUAUGGCACCUAUCAACUGGGCAGACUCUUUAGAGCUUGAACAAAUGACAAGAAUGGAGUCAGUACUAGAUAACGGAACUGAAGGCUCUACUUCAAACAUCUCCAAGCCUAGCGACGCGUCAGUGUCAGAAGAGGAACUUUUGGAACAAAUCACACAAAGUCAGAUGACAAAGCACGAGAAUGUCCAUAGAGUAGAAGAGGUCUUUGUUAAGUCCAAUAUACAAGUUGACCAAACAUUAACAAAAAUGAACAUUGACAAAGAUAUACAACUUGAAAACAACAUCACUAGAAUAGAAAGAACCUCUCUUGAACCCAAAAAGCAAGCAAACCAAACACCAAUUGAAAUGAUUAUUGAUGGUGAUACCCAAACUGAGAAAGUGAAAAAGGGAAAGGAGAUAGAAGUAACUUCAACAACUGCAAAUAAGAACAUUACAGAGAAAUCAAAAAAAAUAACAACAGGCUUUGAGAAAGAGAUAGAUUCAUCAGAAAAACUUAUACAUACCAAUAGUGAAGAAACAAAAUAUACAAAUAAUGGAGGGAAUAUAACAACAAAGAGCCCAAUGAUGAUGGCUUCACUUUAUGACCCUACUAAAGUAAAACUGCAAGAACGUCUUAAGAGCUUUACUGACACAGCAGAGGUGGCAACAAGUAGACCCUUUCUUACCUUUUUCCAAACAACACGCGGCAAUAAUGCCAUGGCCACCAGAUUAGACUAUAUAUUUGUUAAAGAAAACUAUAUCCAGUUCUGUCAGGAUGUUAAAACCCAAUUCGGAAACUCAGAUCAUCUUUUUGUCGAAUGUACUUUCAAUUUCAAAGCUCCAAAUAAAAGAUCUGCCUUCUGA